AUGAUACUUCUGUCUUUGUUGAAGAUCAGAAUUCAGAAAAAUUCCCAAAUCUGUGAUCAGUACCCUCAAUGGUGCAAAACAACAGAUAACAGGAAGGUGCUUGUGGAACAUUUAGAAACACACAGUAAACGCAUUGAAUAUUUAAAGAAAAUAAAAAAGUACCUUGAAGAGGGUAGACCUAUCAUAAAUAUUGAUGAAACCUAUAUUCACAGUUUGCAUACUAUGCGCAAAGAGUGGACAGAUGAAGUAAGGGAGGGACAAUAUCUGAUUAUAGUACAUGCAGGAAGCAAAUCAGGUUUUGUGCCAAAUGCACUUUUAAUUUACAAAUCUGGCACUAAAACAGGAGAUUAUCAUGCAGACAUGAAUGCUGAAAAUUUUUCAAGGUAUUUUUUUUUUAUCUUUUACUAUCUGAUUGUGGUGGCUGUAAACAAACUAAUACUGAAUGUGCCGCAAAACUCUAUUGUUGUGCUUGACAAUGCUAGUUAUCACAAUGUUCUGCAUGAAAAACCACCAAUAAUGCAUAGCAGGAAAGCUGACAUGGCAUAUUGGCAAAAUUCCCAAGACAUUGAAUUCGACCAAGGAAGUACAAAGAUCGAACUGCUUGCCUUAAUAGAAAGCAACAAACCCACAAAGAUUUACACUGUGGUUAAACUUCUGGCACAUUAUGGUCAUUCUGUUCUUCUUUUACCUCCUUACCAUCCUGAAAUAAAUCCUAUAGAAAUGGUAUGGGCUAAGGUAAAGAACUGGGUGGCUACAAAGAAUGUUACGUUCAAGCUGGAGGAUGUGUGGAAGCUAGCUGAAGAAAACUUUUCCUACAUUACUGUACACGAAUGGGAGGCAGUUUGCUGA